CUUGUCAUUCAGAUAUCCCUGGAAUUUUAACACGACUAGGAACCAGCCAGCGGAGCACAACAAGGACGUUUUAGGUCAGAACAACAUCCCUCACACAGAGGAACCACCGGAACCACUGCUGGUUGCCGAAAUAGGAACAGGUGGUGAGAAAAGCGGCAGCUACAGACAGCGCAGCAGCAUGCAGAUGUGAAGUCAGACAUCAGAUACCCAGAUCUUCAUUUCUGCGGCGGACAGGUGGGCCGUCUUCUUCAUCCAUUAUCAUCGUUCAUAUAAAUGCUUGUACAUGAGGAGGAGAGGGGAGAAACCCGAAGGAUACCGACAGAUGAGACCCAAAACGUUCCCUGCCAGUAACAGUGGUAACAGCCAGCAGAUGCUGCAGGAAAUACGGAACAGCCUUCGCAACCUGACCAAACCCUCCGACCCUCCAAAAGUAGACCCUGUUGGACAAGCAAAGAUGCUCCCUGAAGAUCCGAGGCACCAGGGGCGCACCAGCACCCCAAAACAUUCAUUGUGGCUACAGGAGAUCCGCAAGUCCUUGGUGCCUUUUGAGCGUAUUGAUCCUACCACUUCUGGCCUUGAUCUUAACACGCAGAUGGUACUGGAACCAUCAAUUGCUGGGUUUGAGGAGGGCCGUCGCGUUCCUUCAGACUACAUGGUGAAGGUAAAUUACCAGGACUCGAUGAGGGAGCAGAUGGCUGCUGCUAACACCAACUCAACAGACCUGAAAGCUCCAGGUCCAUCUCACAUGCAGCAGGUUGUGCUGCGCAGACCAAGUUGGAAAGAAUCCAAAGAGUCCCUCGCUCCUCGAAUGGGUCCCGUGAUGGUGGACGGCAUGAUGUACCGCUCUGACAGCCCUGGACCUCCUCCUGUUUACCCACAAGGCCACUCUGCUAGCAACCAGAGGGUGAACCCUCCGCUGCCUCCUCAGGUGCGGAGUGUCACACCACCUCCGAACCGCAACAGCAUGCCUCCAAUGUCGUCCUGGGAAGGCAAUCCGUCCACCAAGCGGUACUCUGGGAAUCUGGACUACCUUCCUCCGCGGAUGUCUCCAGUCCCCCAGGGCGCCCGGCAGGACAUGUAUCCAAACCCGGCGCCUCAAAAUCAGCGCCCUGCUGCCCAUAAAUUCACCUUUCCUCCCACCUGGACUCAAAAUGGCUCCGCUCAGCCGGACUGCAUGCAGGGAGGCAACCGGCAGCCUCCGCCGCCUUACCCCGUAAACAGCAGACAGGGUUCCAACGAGCCGCAGCCUGCUUCGUCUCCUUCCUACCUAAACGGAGGAAACAUCCCUCAGUCCAUGCUGGCUCCCAACCGGAACAGCCACAACCUCGACAUGUACAACCUGGCACCUCCUCAGACGUGGUCGCAGCCUCCUCUGGCGUCCAGUCAGCCACCACCUGCGUCCGUCACCAACAGCAACCAGGACUUGUCGCCGUCGUGGCAGCACAACAUCCCGGUUCGCUCCAACUCCUUCAACAAUCGACCCGCUCAUUCGUCCAGCACCCAGCCGUCUGCGACCACCGUCACCGCCAUCACGCAGACGCCCGUCCUGCAGCCGGUGAAAAGCAUGCGCGUGACGAAACCCGAGAUGCACACCGCCGUCGCUCCAACGCAUCCACAGCGGAUACAGCAGGUUGCACCUUCGCCUCCUGCGCCUGCAUACCCCGACCCACCACCUGCGGUUUCUCAAGUCGUCGUGGAAACCCCCAGCCAUCAGGGUCCGCCGCCGCCAUAUCCUAAACACCUCCUCCCUUCGCCCGCCCCUCCGGCGUACGCUGGAGGCAGAGACGAGGCUGCCGACGAGAGCGGCGGCGAGAAGGCGUGGGAAAGCAGCGAAAGCUUGGCCGCAGCCGAAAAAAAGAUCACUACGUCGCCCGUCCCGGUCCGCCGCAACAGAGACGAGGAGCGGAGAGGGGAGUCGGGAAGAAUCAACCUGUACUCCCCUCAAGCCUUCAAGUUCUUCAUGGAGCAGCAUGUAGAGAACAUCCUGAAGAAUCACCAGAUGAGGAUCCGCAGGAGGAAGCAGCUGGAAAGCGAGAUGCAAAGGGUGGGUUUGAGCUCAGACGCCCAGGAGCAGAUGCGAAUGAUGCUCUCGCAGAAGGAGUCCAACUACAUCCGCCUAAAACGGGCCAAAAUGGACAAGUCUAUGUUCAAACGGAUCAAGACGCUCGGCAUCGGCGCCUUCGGAGAAGUGUCCCUGGCGAGGAAGGAGGACACGGGGGCGCUGUAUGCCAUGAAGACUCUCCGCAAGAAGGACGUGCUGCUGAGGAACCAGGUGGCUCACGUGAAGGCCGAGCGGGACAUCCUGGCCGAAGCCGACAACGAGUGGGUGGUGCGUCUCUACUACUCCUUCCAAGACAAGGACAACUUGUACUUCGUCAUGGAGUACAUUCCCGGCGGGGACAUGAUGAGCCUCCUCAUCCGGCUCGGCAUCUUCAAGGAGGAGCUGGCUCAGUUUUACAUCGCGGAGCUCACCUGCGCUCUGGAGAGCGUCCAUAAGAUGGGCUUCAUCCACAGAGACAUCAAGCCUGACAACAUCCUCAUAGACAGAGAUGGACACAUAAAGCUGACGGACUUUGGGCUCUGCACUGGUUUCCGCUGGACACACGACUCAAAGUAUUACCAGAGCGGGGAUCAUGUGAGGCAGGACAGCAUGGACUUCAGUAAGGAGUGGGAAGACCCGGCCAACUGUCGCUGCUCCAACCGACUGAAGCCCCUGGAGAGGAGAAAGGCCCGGCAGCACCAGCGCUGCUUGGCCCACUCGCUGGUGGGAACGCCCAACUACAUCGCUCCAGAAGUCCUCCUUCGAACAGGAUACACCCAGCUCUGUGACUGGUGGAGUGUUGGUGUCAUCCUGUAUGAGAUGGUUGUGGGACAUCCUCCGUUCCUGGCGAGCACACCACUGGAGACGCAAAUGAAGGUGAUAAACUGGAAGAGCACGCUGCACAUCCCGCCUCAGUACAAGCUCAGCCCGGAGGCGUCGGACCUCAUCGUCAAGCUGUGCCGCGGCCCAGAGGACCGCCUGGGCAAGAACGGCGCCGACGAAAUCAAAGCUCACCCUUUCUUCAAGAGCGUCAACUUCUCCAGCGACCUGAGGCAGCAGGCGGCGCCGUACAUGCCCACCAUCGCUCACCCGACGGACACGUCCAACUUCGACCCGGUGGAGCCAGAAAAGCUGCGCAAGAGCGACGACGAGAGCAACCACAACGACACGCUGAGCGGUUGGUUCCGCAACGGGAAGCACCCCGAACACGCCUUUUACGAGUUCACCUUCCGCCGCUUCUUCGACGACAACGGCCACCCCUACAGCUGCCCCAAGCCCAUCGAGUCCGAGGGCAGCGACGAGGACGAGGCGGAGCUGGACGGCGCCGAGCAGGACACGCACGGCCCAGACCUGGUGUAUGUGUAGUCGCUCGUCGUAUGCCACGGAAACCUUUUUAUUCUGCAUUCCCUCCCUUUAAAUAUGCAAAUACACCUCAUAUUAUUAACAUGAACACAGUCACAUUAGGCGUGUUUCCAUUACAAAUGUGCUCAAAAACACAAUUACAGCCUUUCCAUUUAAUAAGAAAUGCAAUUAAAAUUGCAUUUCAUGUGUGGAUAAGUUCGUUCAUGCAAUGAGUCAUCAAAAAACACGCCGUGACAUCAUCCCCCAUCAUUCCUGCCAUCAUCUUCAUCGUUUCCUCCAGGAAUAAAAUCCAGAUCAUGUGACUCAUCCUGUAGAAAAACUUUAGUUUUUUCAAAAUUGACGCGAUUCAGCAAAUUAAUUUUCAUAUGCUGAGUGGAAAAAAUGCUGGAAAAACACAAUUUUGGUGUUUCCAUUUAAUGAGAAACGCAUUUGAAUUAUCACUGCACAUGGAAACGGCUCUUUAAGACACAACUAAAACUAUCAGACGACCCUGUAAAAAUAACUCCGAAGACAAAUAGUUUGCAUAUAUUUUUUCUUCCCUUCUUAUAAAAUCUUUCCGUCAUGUUUGUGUUUAGAGUGCGGCUGAUCAUUUUCAACACAAGUUUGUGAUGCGUUUAUCCAAAUGAAGAAGAUGUAAAACUCUAGAUGACUCACAAAUGAGAUAUUAAUAGAAUUCCUACAUAAAAAAAAAAAAAAACUUAAUGUAGGAGAAAGACGUUCAGCAUUCAUAAUGCAACAUGAACUAUUUCAAGGGAAUGCAAAAGAAAAUAUUUUCCCCAUGUCCUCCAGGGGGCGCAGUAGCAUAUAGACUCUUAGUUGGGUGUUUGCUAGAUAAAGCAUUUAAAACCUUGAAUAUAGGAAGAAUAUUUCUGCCGGAUCGCAGCAGGAUAUGAUCGAAAAGCCAGAUUUACACGUUAAAACGGAACUGACCUGGAGUCAGUUUAUCGAAAAUUCCCUGAGGGAGUCACUGGGAUCGAAUAAAAAUCUAAACUGUUAUUUUUACAAUUUUCUCCAUGAGAGUACAAAUUAAUACCAGUAAAUUAUAGUUGCUGUGUGCAGCUUAUUGACCUAAAUCCUGAUUACUAGAAUCACAAAUGUAGGAGAAAGACGUUCAGCAUUCAUAAUGCAACAUGAACUAUUUCAAGGGAAUGCAAAAGAAAAUAUUUUCCCCAUGUCCUCCAGGGGGUCGUAUUUGUGAAUCUUAGAAAGAUUCACAAAGACAUCAGCUGUUGACGAUUUUCAGUUUCAUCGACUCUUUCGGAUUUAUGACUCGGAUUUAUAAUAGUGAGAGAGAGCCAGACUUUCAGCAGAUAACAGGAAGGCUAAACAGAGUUUUGCUCCGUUUUAUUUUUCUAAGCGUCUAACUUGCAGUUAGGACUUUAAUCACAAGAAUUAGUGGUAUUUAUUCACAUAAAUCCCUGCAAAACGGAGCACUGUAAUUAUGUUUAAUCUUAUUUUUAUUGAAGCUCUGAUACCAUAAGAAUGAAAUGGUAAACAUCACAAUCACAACCGUACCAAGUUCUUACUGUCUGUAAGAAUCAGUUUAUCGUCAUAAUGAUUCAUUAAAAAUAUGUUUCCAGAUUAAUAUACAUAUAUAUAUAUUAAUUAAGAUACAGAUCUGUUUUAUUAGGGGAAACAUACUUUUUAGUCAUUUCUAAGAGAAAUGGUUAAACAGUUUAUUAUAUAUUAAAACAGUAAAAUAUUGACUCCCAUAACUGUAAAAUCAAUAUCGAAGCAUGAGAAAUUUGACUUUUGCAAAUUAUUUUGCAAUUUAAAAGUGAUUUUUAUUUAUUAUCAUAAUUGAUGUCUUUCCUAAAGAGUUUUAUAUCCUCACCGUCUUGUUGCUUAAUCCAGAUUCUAAGUUGUCACCAUUUCUCUAAAGAAAAGGGCAUUUUAAGCCUGUUUUGUGCACAUAAAUAGUAAAUUUCUGUUACAGAAUCAGAUCUGCCUGCGUGCAAAACUAAUGGCAUUAAUGAGUAAUUCCAUUUUUAAUGUAAAUAUUUUAAAGUUUUGACCAGGGUGCCGCUAUCUAUGACAACUUAUCGCUAUCCCCCGGUAAAGCCUUAAUUUAUUGAUGCUAGUGUAGAUGCUGCUCAAGUCUAUUUUUUUAAGUCUUAAUUUAUAUUUUAGUUUAUUGCAAAGGGGAUUGUAGAAUUGUGGUUCAUAUAAUUCACAGGGAUAAUCACUCUAAUUAGUAUUCAUUGCUGUGCCUUUUUGAGUUAUUUUUCACCACUGGCAUUUUUAAAAUGAGUAGCUGUAGCUGAUUGUACUACAGUAGGUUUGUUUUAUUUUUCUAAUUUAUAUCUAAAAUGUAUUUAUAAAUUAAGUUGUACACCAUGGAUGUAAAUAUCUUCUCUGCCUUUUAAGCUGCUUUUUGUUUCCUCUUUUUGGGCAGGCCCUCUUCUGUCAAUAUGUACCUUAUUUUUGGCACUAAUUUACAGAACACUUAUUAGUUUUAAUUUUUAUUUUAGGUUUCAUGCUUACAUCUCAACCAAAGCACUAAAUAAGGGGUUAUUUUUUAUUCUACUUUUUACCAACUGCAGAAAGUAACAGUAAUUACUUUUCUUUUUUGGAUUUAUUACAUUUAGGUAUCUGAUUACUGCAAUAUUUGGUCUGAAGUUUUACUUUAGUAAAAAAAAACACUAAAGUUACCUUUAUAUUUUGUUUUUUGGCCCCACUGUAUUUUUUCUGUGUAGGAAAGAAUAUCUGAAUGUAGUUUAUUGAUUUAAUAAUGACCACUGUCAUUCUGCACUGGUUUUAAUUGUGAGAGAAUUUUAUUUUUGUGUACAUUUUUGCUCCCAAAGGUUUGGGAAGAGGGUAAUAAUAAUAAUAAAAAAAGGAAUAAGAAUUGUUA